AGUCACUUUGCAUCAAAAACAUGGCUAUACGGAGAAAAGAUAGCUUCCUCUGGGGAAAAGGUGGGAGAGGGCAGUGUGGAGGGUGAGGGAGAUGGCAUCAUCCGUGGACCUGUUUGCCCUGUCGUGAGUCAGGGAGGGAGGAGGUGAUAAAAGUUUUGACUAACCGCUCAAAGCACUUCAUGAUGAUGGAGGUCCACCAAGCCUAGCCCCAGGAGACAGGAGGGACGGUGACACCUAUGGGAUUCACAAAUUUCAAAUGCUGGAUGACAUUCAGAAGCUGAGUUUGGACAUCAAUCAUAUCAUGCCGGAUAUCCACAGCCCUGUAAUGAAAGAGCAGAAUAAAAAUGUUAUGAAGAACAGGAGAUUCUUACGUGGAAAAAAGAAAUUCAACAUGGACCCCAACAAGGGUGUCCAUUACCUGGUGGAAAAUGAAUUGCUGGAGUGGCGAGCAGAGUCCGUGGCUGAGUUUCUCUACAAAGAGGAGGGGCUGAACAAGACCGCCAUUGGCAACUUCCUGGGAGACAGGGAGGAAAUGCAUCUGCAGACACUGAAAGAGUUUGUGGGCCUGCAUGAGUUCUCCGACCUGAAUCUGGUGCAGGCGCUAAGGCAGUUUCUCUGGAGCUUUCGUCUCCCGGGAGAAGCUCAGAAGAUUGACAGGAUGAUGGAGGCGUUUGCAACUCGCUACUGCGACUGUAACCCAGGGGUCUUUCAAUCUACGGACACAUGCUACAUCCUGUCUUUUGCCAUCAUCAUGCUCAACACGAGUCUACACAACCCCAACGUGAAAGACAAACCCAGUCUGCAGCGAUUUAUUUCCAUGAACAGAGGAAUCAACCAUGGAGAGGACCUGCCCAUAGAACUGCUCACGAAACUGUAUGCGAGCAUCCGCAGCGAGCCAUUUAAAAUCCCUGAGGAUGAUGGGAACGACCUCACGCUGACAUUUUUUAAUCCAGACAGAGAAGGCUGGCUCCUUAAAAUGGGUGGGCGAGUUAAAACCUGGAAAAGGAGGUGGUUUAUUUUAACAGACAGCUGCUUGUACUACUUCGAAUACACCACAGAUAAAGACCCCAUAGGUAUUAUUCCUCUGGAGAACCUGUGUGUAAGGAGUCUACUAGACGCAAACAAACAGUAUUGUCUGGAGUUAUAUAACGCUAAAGGACAAAAGAUCAAAGCCUGCAAGACAGAGAACAAAGGCAGAGUGGUGCAGGGUAAACAUCAGUCCUAUAAGCUGAGAGCCGCCGGGCCUGAAGAGCGGGACGCCUGGAUAGAUGCGAUCAGGGCGAGCAUCACCAAAGAUCCAUUUUAUGACCUGGUGUCUCUACGAAAGAGGAAGGUCACAGGCACCCCUUCCUGAUAAGACUGAAACACAAGGCAUCAGAGGAAAAGUAUCUUAAUCCUGGAUUAUAUAAAUACAUUAUUAUAGAUGAAUCCCCAUGUGAAUCUGCCAAACGUGAAUAGCUAAGCAAUUCUCCAAAAUUCAAAUUGGGAAAUAACACUUGUUGAAGUGUAAAACCUUAGUUAUUUUUGUGAUGUUUAGUCUUGAUCUAACUGGAUGAACUACUGCACAGAGGGAAAGCUAGUCCUACUGACCAACAUCUGCUACCAGAGAGUGAUCGCAAGAAGGCUUGUUAGUGUCAUAGAAGUAAAACUGAACAGGCCUAAUGUGUGCAGGUCCAUGGCCCCUACGACCAAAACUCUUCAUCAAGUGACUGUGAACAUCUAUUGCAAAACAACCCCAAAACAGAUCUGAAAACAAUCACAAACAUUAAAACCAGGACAAAAACAUGGAAAACAACCAGGAAAAGAAAAAAAUGUACUACAAAGAGAUUGAAAACAUACACUUAGAGACUCAAAUUUACAAAAAGAAGAUUCAAAGUCACAACUAAGAGAAGUAAACUGACAGAAAAGGGAUGCAAAGGAUUGCAAAAAGUCUAAAAGGAGAUGUAAAACAAACACAAAGAUGAAAAAGACAACAAAACAUCACCAAAAUAAUAUAAAGAGAAACCCUGUAUUGAUGUUGUCUAUUGUGUAUCCUCUGCUCUAAUGGGAGUAACAACUAUUUAAUAUUAUUAAUUGAAAUAUUGUUUUAUUUAGAAUGUUUGAACAUGUUUAUUUGGCAUUCAUUUAUUUAACUGAUAAACAAUCUUACUUUAUAUAAUGUACAGCUUUAUGUUGUAAAUAAAGCACCUUACAUAUGAGCUCUUAUUAAUUUGAUUCAAGGUUUUUAUACUUUUAUGACUUUACUUACUCAUCACAACACGUAAAUGAAUUCCUUCAUAAAUAUUAGCAUUUUACAAUAGAGUGCAUUAAUACUGAUAAAUUGUUGUAAAUAAAGUGAAAGAAACCUGAAAAGAUUCAGUAACAUUCAACAAAUUAACUUAUGAAUAUUAUUCCUAUAUGGUAACUGUACAGUAUAUUUUAUUUUGCUUGAACAUGUGUUUUUCUGUAUGUUGGUAUAAUUUAAUGAGUAUAUUGAUGGAAGAUUAAAAUCCAAAUUGUAAAAUAAACUGGUGUUUGAGAAUGUG